AAUACAGACUUGAUCAGCACAGCGGGCUAUGACGGUAUCACCCAGCAUAUGAACGAUGGCAGGAAGAACUGCAAGGAAUAUGAAGACUUUUUGAAGGAAAGGGCCGCCAUAGAAGAAAGAUAUGGGAAGGAUCUUCUUGGAUUGUCGAGGAAGAAACCCUGCGGGCAGACGGAGCUGAACACCCUGAAAAGAGCCCUAGAUGUUUUCAAGACCCAGGUGGAGAGUAUCGGCCAGAGCCAUAUCCAGCUGGCCCAGGUGCUCCGGGAAGAAGCGAAGAAAAUGGAAGACUUCCGGGAGAAGCAAAAAUUCCACCGUAAAAAGAUUGAGCUGAUAAUGGACGCUAUUCAUAAAAACCGGAAUCUGCAGUACAAAAAAACCAUGGAAGCAAAGAGACUCUAUGAACAGCGGUGCCGGGACAAGGACGAGGCGGAGCAGGCAGUUCACCGUAGCACCAAUCUGGUCACCCCGAAACAACAAGAAAAGCUCUUCGUAAAGUUGGCACAGACAAAGACAGCCCUAGAGGAUUCAGACAGGGUGUACCAGAUGAAUGUCGCGGCUGUGGAGAAGGUCAGGGAAGAAUGGCAGAGCGAGCACAUCAAGGCUUGUGAGUUCUUCGAGAGCCAAGAGUGCGAACGGAUCACCUAUUUCCGGAACGCCCUCUGGCUCCACGUCAACCAGCUCUCCCAGGAAUGUGUGAAGAACGACGAAUGUUACGAGGAAGUGCGGAAGAGCUUGGAGACGUGCAGCAUCGAGAAGGACAUCGAGUGCUUCGUGAGCAUCCAUAAAACGGGCACUCUCCCGCCAACUCCCGUGACCUAUGAAAAUUAUUAUAACAGCCAGAAGUCGGCAGCCCCGGGAAGAAACCAAGCCCCCCCAGCACCAGGAAUGGGGAGGAGGCCACGGUUACCAGUACCCUCCGGUGGACCAGGAGACCCUGAAUACUCUACUGUCGAUGGUUACAGUUUAAUACAGCAUCACUAAUCUGAAAAGAAUCUGAAGCCUUUUUGCCCGACCACACCUCCGUGAGAGGGGGGAAAGCAAAGAGCGAUCUGUAUAAUGUUAUCGAAACCUGAGGUUUCCCUGCGAAUGUGAUUUCUCCUUGGCCGGACUCAUUCUCUUUCUUACGACUAUAAAUGAUGCAGUUUGCGCACGACGAAAGAUAUGCGGGAGGCAGAAGACCAGCCUUAAAAACUAUUAAGGACAACCAAAUGCCCCAGACUGAAUUUUGAUUUAAAAAAAAAAAUUCCCCAGGAGGGAACCUCAUCAAUUACUGAUCGGUGGAGUACGGCCUCUAGAAUGCUACGUCUGGAGACGGAAAUCCAGGCUCAAAUCCUUACCUUGCUGUGAACCUGGCUGAAUGCUCUCAGGCAAAUUCUUAUGUCUCGCCUACCUCACAGGGUUGUUGUGCGGGAGAAAUGAGAUACACCCCCCACACCAGGUAUAUUGUCCUGAGCUCUUUGAAGGAAGUGUAGAAUUUAACUGGGGCAACUACAGAUGCUCGAGCAGGGGAGAGGCAGUCGUUUUGGCCCCAGUACUGACAACACAGCAUCUACCUGUGACGAAGUUGGUGUGUGGGCAAAACAACCAUGGAAUGCCUGCCUCCAGGUGGAAACAAGUUAUAUAUAUGCAAAGGAACCAGGGUCUGAAUCAGAAGUAAGGAAACGAUAGAGCCGAACCGUGCGAAAUGAUUUGUA